AUGGGCGACUUGGCAGUGCCGGGGAGAGGUGAAAAAAAAAAUCAACACAGUAGGCUUUCCACUGCAAGCGUGACGUACAUCGUGAGUCAAGCGGGCGCGCCGCCGCUCGGCCAAUGGCGGCGUUUCCCGCCCCACGAUAUAUACUUGAACCGGCGGCCGUGCGGCUCAAAGUUUAAACGCACUCUGUACGGUACGCACGGACGUUUACGAAGUGACCGUCUCGCCAAUAACGCUCCGACCCGCCGCCAGUACGAACGCGCGAAAGUGUUUUGUGUGCAACGCUCGAGGCCUGUUAACAAUGUGAGUAGAGCAAUUCUCGAUGGUACAGCGGCGAGUUGGCCGCGUGGCCGGGGGCGCCGAGGCCAAUUGGCCACCACUGCUCUGGCCACCCGACCCACUCGCCUGCGCUUUUUGUUCCGUCCU